AUGGCUCAUUACGGCCCCUCAAGCCAAGCCGGCAUUGAGUUUUCUUUCACCGUAUUCACGAAUCCUCAUUUCUUCCGGAUCGCUCAUUUGACGAAGGCUGCCAAUGCCUUGAACAGCGACGACAAUGCCAAAGCCCAAGCCAAUUCAGAAAAGGAAUUCAAAGUAGCCCACUCUCUCCACGGGUAUGGAGGCUUCUUUAGCAGUGUCCACCGCUACACGACUCUCCAACCCGAAUACCCGACUCAACAACUAAGCCUCUCCGCCAUCCAAGCCCCUAUCAACACCAAUACCAUUAUGUUCCUCAGCUUGUGGGGCCCCAGCACAGCCGACAUCAGCAACAAGAUCGCCGUGCUAAAAAAGCUCUCUAGCGACCAGACGUUUGCUGACCUCGUUGGCAUAUCCGUCUGCAGCGAAGACGCAUAG